AUGCCCCCAGAUUCUGCUUCUCUGAUCGAGGAAUGCACCAAUGGAACGACUAAGGCUGGAUUAUACUUAUCUCGCCUGGGACUGGAACAAGAGUUCAAGAACCCCAACAGACCAGGCAGGCCCAACUUUAAAUCAGUUCCCGAACUUCAAGGCUUUUGGGUUGCGACAAACCUGGAAAUCAAAGCGAUUGCAGCGCUUUAUCAGUCAAGGAAAGCCAUACGCGAGGCGCUCAGAAACCGGCUCAUAUGCCUAGACGAAAUCUCAAGAGACUGUCUCAACAGUUACGGUCAGCAGAUCUGGAACAACGGAGAAGAAGCAGACUUUGUUCUUUCUGUUGAUACCACUACCGCACCUUCGAAGAUCAAGGGUCAUGCCCAGGUCGCAGAGGACAAAUAUCUAAGGCACCUGAUCUACGAACACCCCAGUGAUGAACGCAAAAUACGGCUGCAAGUCUCUGCAUGGAUCAUCCAGCGCGCCUGUCGAAAGGCCGAGGACGAUCGUCGUGAAGGAAAGACCGCCCAGAAAGCAUACGGGAAGGUAUCAAACAAGUCUUCGAGCUUUGUGCAGGCAGCCAGUGUGAAUCGCUCCAAGCGUACCCGCAGCACAUCAUUGUCGUAUGAUAGCUUUGAUGAGCUGAACGACAAUUACUCUGCCGAUCCUGCAGUGAGAUCCAAGCAUACAGGACACUCUAAUACUGUUGAUCAGUCCCAACGACGAUCAUCGAGAAAAGAUCAUGAUAUACAGCACACACCGGCAAAAAGACGCAAAAAACAGAUUGUGGCGGUUGUAAUACCCCCAAGGAGGUCUCAGGAUAUUGAGGCCACAGGAACGGCUAGCAGGAAGCGUAAGCGGGGCGAAUUACUAUACAACAGAAAUACGGCCAUUCGCUCUAUACGAGGCAAAAAAGAAGACAUCCCUAGGGAAACACCACAAACACCAAAUUCACGCCGUACGACGCGGGGUCACACAAGAACGAAAGCAGGCGGUGAGCGACCCAGUAAAUUUGGUGCUGAAGGCAACCGAGAACGACUGGUUCGCCAGCUAGAUGAUGACCGAGAUGCCCUCGGAGAAGAGCUUCAUGAUCUUCUAUUGCCGCACAACCCUGGAUGCCACUACCUUGCUGAUAUCAAGCGAACAACUGGACUCAUCGACUCCAUAGCGCUCAACGAUGCCGAGGGCAUCCAGAAAGCACUGGGGAACGCCCACGAGAAGCACAAGAUUGCUCUAGACAGAUGGUUGGGGUGUGUCAAAACACUUGUCGAAUUUCGCGAGAUUACCAGUCUCGAGGGCGAUGAGGUUGUUAUUGAGGCCAGAUUUCCGAGCCUAACGUUAGGCAUCAAGAAGAAGGCACGGUUUCUUCGGAAUAAAAAGCGUCGAGAGAUUUUGAGCUGGUUCAAGAAGGAUAAGUUCAAAAUCUUCGAUUUCUCCCAAGAGGUGGCCUCCAUACUCUUGAAGAUGACUAGCUGGGGUGGCUUGGAUAUGGAUCCUGAAGAACUUCUCGACGAUAUGAUACCUUUCACAACGCGGCUGUUGGAAUGGUUCAGGGCCGUGCCGUCCAACUCUACUACAGGCGUUAUAAAACCCUAA